CUGCAACCAUUUCUGACAAACCCAAUAUGGCUAAGAUUGAGAGAUUCGAUAAAUCAGAAUUGAAGAAGACAGAAACACAGGACAGAAAUCCACUGCCUCCAAAAGAAAUGAUUGAACAGGAGAAGCAAGCAGGUAAAUCCUAA